GUUAGGUAGCACCGCGCCGCACAGCCUGUCCUGUCUCCGUAGAUUUUUUUUUCUCCUUUGGAUUAUAACAGAGCGGCAGAGAAUGGGUUAAGGAGCGGGGGGUCUGGAUUCCUCCUCUCCUGAUCGCCAUGACGAACAAAUGAACUCUCGGGGAAUGAAAUUUAAAUUCCAUAAAGGAGAAAAAGUUCUCUGCUUUGAACCGGACCCGUCCAAGGCCAAAGUGCUGUAUGAUGCAAAGGUCGUGGAUAUUGUAGUGGGAAAAGAUGAGAAGGGAAAGAGGAUCCCGAAAUAUCUGAUUCACUUCAACGGCUGGAAUCGAAGCUGGGAUCGCUGGGCUGCAGAAGAUCAUGUGCUCCGAGAUUCCGAGGACAACCGCAAGUUGCAGCGUAAACUGGCUCGGAAAGCUUUGGCUCGCAUGAGGAGAAAAGGAUGGAGGAAGCGACGGUGUCGUUUGCCUGGUGUUAACUCUGUGUUAAAAAGUUUACCUGAAGACGAAAACGAAGAGAGCGAUGAGCCGUUGAUUUCAUCAUCUGAAGACGGCGACGAGGACAAUUCCGACCCAGAGACUAUAAAAAGUGAGAGCGAGUCGUCUGAGGAUUUAGAUGAAAUGAAAGAAGAGCAGGAAGCCCAUGCAAAAAGGGAGAGUGAGGAGAAGAGCAUCGCAAUCAACAUCGACAUCCCUGACGUCCUGAAGAAGAAGCUGGAGGACGACUGUUACUACAUCAACAAGAGGAAAAAGCUGGUGAAGCUGCCGUGCCAGAUGAACAUAGUGAACAUCCUCGAGUCGUACGUUAAACACUUCACUAUAAACGCUGCUUUUUCUGCCAAUGAGCGCUUCCGCCAUCCUCAGAGCUCCACACAGUCCAACAUGAGUCCGCACUACGUACCACCUGAGAAAAACGAGGAGCUCUGUAAGGAAAUGGUGGACGGCUUGAGAAUCACCUUCGACUUCACCUUACCCAUGAUCCUCCUGUAUCCCAACGAGCAGGCCCAAUUCAAGAAGGUCAGCUCGUCCAAGUUCUUCCAGCCAAUCGGAGAAAGUGCAGGAUGCUCUACGAGGUCUCUCGGCGAGCGCUCCCCAAGUCCAGGCCUGAACCCAUCCACACCUCAGUCUACAGACGGCCACUCGGCUCACAACGAACCCUCCGUCUCGCCCGUCAUCGCGGCGACGACACCAAAACGCCGCCGCUGCACUAACCCCGAUACCGACAACACGCACUCAUUGAGACGCUCCACACGCAACACCUCCGGAGGAGAGAAGAGUACAGAGGGAGGAGGAGGAGGAGGCGGCAGCAGUAACACAUCACCUCAACCCAAACGCAGACACGCUGAAGUACCGACUCCACUGCCCAAGUUCUUCCUCAACCUGGAGAAGAGAACACCAGUCCACAGUGGCUCGUCCUCUCCCUUACCCCUCACGCCGAGUAAAGACGGCAGUGGUGUGUUUUCAGGGCUCGAGAGUCGCAGGAACAAUGAACUGAACGAGGUGCUGAGUUGGCGUCUGACGCCUGAUAACUACCCCCUGAGCGAUCAGCCUCCACCUCCGUCCUACCUGUACGGCUCACAGCAUCUCCUCCGCCUGUUCGUGAAGCUUCCUGAGAUCCUUGGGAAGAUGCACAUGCCUGAGAAGAACCUAAGGGCCUUAGUGAAGCACUUGGAGCUUUUUCUCAGGUUUUUGGCCGAGUUUCAUGAAGACUUCUUUCCCGAGGCUGCGUACGUGUCUGCCACUGAAGCGCAUUACUGUAUGAAACAGCCGAGGCCCGUCUGCUGAGACUGAAUUAUUUCCUCUCUUGUCCUUCCUGACAUCCCCAAUCCUUUCACUUUUUGACUCAAGUCCGGAGCUUGCUUUGUCCAAUUUCAUCUCUCUCAGAGACCUCGGUGUGCAUUUCUUUAACAUUACCUUUAUUGUCAUUCUUUGGGGCACGGAGACUCCAGAAAGGCUGUUUUCAUCCCGCGUUUCAGCUUGCUUCUGUGGAUAGUUGGAAGUCGCUACACGUUGUCCUUUUUCUUUAAGCAAAAUGCUUUUUGACUUUAUCUUCCCCAGACCUCCUUGCUGUUGAGCCAGGUUUCUUGCUUUUCCUUCCCUCUUUGCAACUAAAGCAACAAAAUAACUUGAUUUGAUCCAUGGAAUUGGUCAGUUUGCUACAUUGUUUUUUUCCCACAAGCUGGGAUUGUUAAUAAAUAACACAACACAAAGGCAAGUGUUUUCUUUCUUUUUUUUUUCUUUCCUCCCCCGUCUCUAUGCUAAACCAGUUCUUAGCAUAGAAUUUCCAAAAAAGUUACCAUUUAAAAAAAAAAAAAACAAUUUGAACAGUGGAUUAUCCUGUUUUUGAAUGCUAUAUUUAAUAAAAAUUGGACUGUUUUGCAUAAUACGUUCAAACCAUUGAAUAUAUCAGUCCAGAUAAGUACUUUAAAGGCACAUCUUAUUAAAAUGCGAUGUUCUACAGUUAUGAACCAGAGAGAAAGCUUUGGUGCCUCAGUGGCUGACUUUCAGUCAUUCUGUGCUAUACUUUGAAGGAAUAAGAUCUUACCUUGCAAAAAGACUGAACCAGGCACAUAAACUCUAUCCGUGAAACACAUGAGCACAAAAUCUGUUGUAUUCUUUCUAAGGUCUAUUGUCUUAUAUUUAUGAAGUUUCACAGAGUAACAGCCCUGAUCUAGCAUCAGUUCCUUUCCCUUGAUGGACCAUAAAUAAAAAAUGAAAAUGAUCUUAGAUCAGCCAUCUUUUCCCGUGUUGUGUGUAGAGCCUUUAUAAAUACAGUACGACAUAUAGUCUCGUGUGUUGUCAUUCUCAAAGGGCAAAUCCACAUGCCAGUUAAGCUCCUGUUUGUUAAUAUAAAUCCAUAACUUGAAGUGAACAUGAUUUUUUUUUUUUUGAAAUGAUGUAUAUUUUACAAUUUGUCCAGUGUACAUUUUUUUGCUCUCUGUUGUGAAUUUCCUGCCUUUUUGUAUAAUAAACCACUGCAAAAUA